AUGGAAGUGCUUGGAGAUUCCAUGUCAUGGAUUUCCAUUAUUCUUAUGUUGAUAGCAACGAUCUCUAUCCCAUUACUUAUACAACACUUCCGAAACGGUGACAUUGCUAAGACGAAUGUCCAAACAACUAAGCCACGAGUAUCCCCUCUAGAUGCUACCCCUAGAUCAGUGGUGUAUAGACUACGAGGUAUACCGUCUAGGCUUGAACAGCAUGAUGUGAAAAAGCUUGUUAAGGAAGCUUUACCGCUGGAGGACGAUAUCACAGUCCACAUUGAUUCUCUCGCAGACGACCCAUCUCGGCACGGAGAGAAAAUCGCAACUUUGGAAUUCUCGAGGAUUCCAAGAAGCUUGUCUAAACAGCCAAAUCAGACUGAGUGGAGAUUUUCAACCAAUGAGAACCAAUGGAACGACCGUGGAAAGAUUACUCUCUUCUUUGAUACGCAUUUCAGGGGGCUAACUCCGUUACACUCAAGAAGCGACGCCGAGUGUACCAUUGAUCUAAUUGCAGUAUCUGGGCUUGGAAGUCACGCCUUUGAAUCGUUCAAGGAAAACAAUGGGUCACACAUGUGGCUGCGUGACUCACUUUCUCACGACAUUCCCAACAUGAGAAUUCUGAUAUACGGCUACGAUACUCAAAUCGAUGGUAGUACAUCUUUCGCCAAUCUAGAUGAUCUAGCCAAUGAGUUCCAGGAGAAGAUCAAGAGUAUGAGAAGCUAUCCACGGCUUAAAAGAUCCGAAAUAUCGACUACAAACCCUGAAAGGCCACUCAUACUUAUUGGACACAGCCUAGGCGGCAUCAUCAUCAAAGCAUUGUUGGUCAUUGUUGAUGGAUUAGAAAACAUCGAGGAUGAUACAGGCGAAUUCAUCAAGGGAAUUCGUACAUUUGUGGAUCGUUUACGGCAGCGAAACUUAAACAUGAAAGCUUUGCUGGCAAGUCAACCUCGGGAUCACAUCAAAGAAAUUUUUGAGUCUCAAGCUACUCUUUGCUUCAAUAACCCAAGUCACAGUAAAAUUUCGAAAGAACAUGAAAGUUCCGUGGAAUGGGAGUAG